UGCUACCGUUAGAUGGCUCUGACACCAUAGCAGCCGUACAUUUCGCCGGUAACGCCAAGAUUUUCGGCUAAUCUACCGAAAUGGCAGUGAAUCUUUCGCUUCGAGUUGCCAAAAAGGUGGCACCAUCAGUGGUACAAAAAUGUAUCCCAGCAAGUUCAAGCUUACACACGAGCACCGAAAAGAAAGCAAACAAACCACAUGUGUCAACAAGGCCAGCAAAGUACCUUAUCAAUCACUCCAAGGUCCGAGGGAUGGACAUUCUUAGGAACCCAAAACUGAACAAGGGAACAUCGUUUUCCCUGAAGGAACGCCAGUUGAUGGGAAUCCAUGGACUUAUUCCGCCAGCAGUCAGAACGCAGGAUGAACAAGUUGUCAGAGUCAUGACAAACUUCUACAAACGAGCAAAUGACCUUGACCGCUAUGUGUACCUGACGGCCCUGCAGGAUCGUAAUGAACGCCUGUUCUACCGUGUGUUAACAGAACAUACAGAAGAGAUGAUGCCCAUCGUGUACACUCCUAUCGUUGGUCAGGCUUGUCAGGAGUAUGGUGUUGUGUUUCGGAGACCUAGGGGCUUGUUUCUGUCAAUCAAUGACAAGGGCCAUCUGUAUGAAAUGAUCUGUAACUGGCCAGAGAAAGACAUUAGGGCAAUUGUUGUUACUGAUGGUCAGCGUAUCUUGGGUCUGGGUGAUCUUGGUGCUUGUGGGAUGGGUAUCCCUGUGGGUAAACUGUCACUGUAUACUGCCCUCGGUGGAAUCCCACCCGAUCAGUGUCUACCCAUCACGCUUGAUGUCGGCACAAAUAAUGAGAGAUACCACAACGAUCCCUUGUACAUCGGUCUUAACCAAAAGCGAGUGACUGGAGAAGUGUACGAUGAAUUUAUUGAUGAGUUCAUGCAGGCUGCAACACGGAGAUACGGACAGAAUGUGUUGAUCCAGUUUGAGGAUUUUGCUAAUCAGAAUGCAUUCCGCUUCCUCGAGAAGUACAGGCACAAAUACUGCAUGUUCAAUGAUGAUAUUCAAGGAACUGCAUCUGUGGCUGCAGCAGGAGUGUUUGCAUCUCUACGUAUCACCGGGAAGAAACUCAUAGACAAUACCUUCCUGUUCCAAGGAGCUGGAGAGGCUUCUAUAGGCAUUGCCUCCCUCCUGGCUCUGGCUAUGGAAGAGGAAGGGGCUACCAGAGAACAAGCACUCAGCAAGAUCUUCAUGGUGGACUCUAGGGGACUUAUUGUCAAUAACCGUCCUUCAGGGGGUGUUACGGGACACAAGAAAGAUUUUGCCAAAGAUAUCAAACCCAUGACGUCUCUAGAGGAAAUAGUGACAGAAAUUAAGCCAACAGCGUUGAUAGGAGCUGCCGCUGUUCCCGGAGCUUUCACCGAGGCCGUGUUGACGACCAUGGGCAAGAUCAAUGAUAAACCAAUCAUCUUUGCUCUCAGUAACCCAACGUCAAUGGCUGAGUGUACUGCAGAACAAGCCUACACCUGUACAGAGGGUCGAUGUGUGUUUGCCAGUGGCAGCCCGUUCCCAGCUUUUACUAUUGGGGGCAAGACCCUGUACCCUGGUCAGGGUAACAACGCUUACAUCUUCCCAGGGGUAGCUCUCGGAGUCAUCACCUGUGGGGUCAGACACAUCCCUGAGGUUGUCUUCCUGGCUGCUGCUCGGAGCUUGGCCAAGAUCGUAACCGACAAGGAUCUUGAGGAGGGCCGCGUGUACCCUCCGCUGAGCAACAUCCGUGAGGUGUCCGUCAAACUGGCUACCAAUCUGGCAGAGUAUGUGUACGCCAAAGGUCUAGCCUCCACCUACCCAGAACCCAAGGACAAGGAGGACUUCAUCAGAUCCCACAUCUAUGAUACCAACUACGAGAGCUUCGAGCCCGAGACCUGGGAUUGGCCACAGCAGUGAGGGUGCCUGAGUGAUUAGAAGAUAAUGGUCAUGGUUGAUGGUAAUGUGAUGACUUUGUUAGGAAUAGGUCAUUGCCAGAAGAUGUAAUGAGUAUUUUGUAGAUGAGAUAUGUUUUGUAUAUUCGAUAUUUUAAUAGGUCUAAGCAGAGCUGACGCUAUUGCUAUACUUAAUCUAUCUCGCCAGAAAUUUAAGAAAUACAGCCAAAGAACUGUCCUAACAUUCGUUGAAUAAUUCUUUGGAAGUAAGUUUUAGCUAGGCUAAAUAUUGGGUGAUAGUUUGUUCUUGUUUGUGGAGUUUAUCCAAACAAAUAUACAUUUACUUUGAUCAAAUUUUAUUUUCAUAUAUAUCCUCUGAUAUUUUUGCCACAUGAAGGUCUUUAAUCAUAAUUGUUAGCAUAUCAUUCUUGAUUUUUAAAAGUUCUCGAAUAUUUGGGCCAACUUGAUGUAAAUUUUCUGUGUCUGUUAAUUAUAAAGGGAGGACAGUCUUCAAUGGAAUUUCCACAAUUCGAUCAAAACUACCCUAGAUCCCUAUAUAUUUGAUGUCCACAUGAGAAGUUCCCACUGCUUUCCUUUAACUGUUUUGCAGGCUUUUUAUAAGCACUACCUCAAGGAAAGUUUUGCAGUAAUCAAAAUCAUUUCAUCAUCGUUGUCUCUUCUAUGAUACUCAUUGCUCCAGUUUUUAUGGGCUCAGUUUUGCAAUAGUUUUAUAAAUGCUAAUAUGAAUUUGAUGAAUAUUAAAUUAAUAUUGGAUGCUAGGAAACUCAUCCAUGUCAUUGUCUAACCAUGACCAAGACAACAGCCAUGUCAGGACAGGUGGUCAUGUAGUGGGGCGUUCUAAAUCAAACUUAUGAGAUUAAAAAGUCUAUGAGUGGAAAUAUUAGAGGAAGAUACUUUGUCUCUCAUUUUAAAGUUUUAUUCUUUUUCUCCAAAUAUGAGGUGCAGUUUGGUCUUAGAUGCACAUAUGAUGCUAUGUGUAUUCGGAUUUCAAUGUGUAGGAUUAUUCCAUAAUUGUCGAACAGAGCUUUAUCCAGAGCUGUACCUGGAAUAAUCUUCCCAAAGUAGCUAGUACCUUUAGGUAUGAUCCAGUCACUGUGUGGUUCAACAAAUUCUCUUACCCACUGGACCAAUCCCAGUGAAUAUUAAUCAUGACCCACCAUUCCAAAUCAAGGUUUAUUUAUUUGUCUCAUUCGAUUAUCUUUAAGAGAAUGUAAUGUUAAAAAGUUUCAUCAAAUUUCUGUGAUCGUUAAAUAUAUUGAUUACCUGGAAAAAUUAUGUUUUCGAACCCUUCCAAUGUACCGUCAGGUAAAUGAGACCUUUGGGGAAAAAAUAAUUUCUUGACCAGCCAUGUUUAUACAUUAGAAUAUCCUCAUAUCUAAAAAUCAUAGCUUGAAGUUUUCUUCCAUUUGUAACCCGUCCUGGGUAAAGCCCUGUCUUUCUAUCAGAAUAACAGCUGUGAUGUUGAAUAUUUGGUCUUUCUAGCGCUCAAGAUGAACAUUAAUGGGAUCUUGUUCAUCCUUUAUAUGGCAUUAGUUACUUGUCUUAAUGGUGUGUGUCUGUCAGUGGGGAUUUUCUACUCUGUAUCCUGGUUAAGGGAUGCUUGUUCUGUAUCAUUGUAGCUCAUUGUCAAGGUUACCACAAGGAAGAGAAUUUAUGGAUGUCAACUUCUUUACGACGAGGAACACACAGUUUUGGAGUAUUUACUUCCUCCUUGACUUGUGUUUCUCAUAAUAAAGAAGUUGACAUGCAUAAAUUCUCUUCCUUUAUGUGUAUCGCUUCUAAAUGCCAUUCAUAGACUUGAAAGGUUACCAUAGUUACCCUCUGUAACCGUUUGUGCUGCAGUUAUAUUAUUCCACAACCUGAUGUGUAAAACUGAAGUUCAUUUUGAACAUAGGAACAGGCUCUGUUGGCUAUUGAUUUUGGAUCGUAUUUGCAAUUGUGUGAAAAUUGUUAUUGUUAACUUUAUUUUGUUUGUAAAUCUGAAAUCUCAUUUUGUUUUGACUUUAUAGUUGUUCCUGAGUGUUUAUUUGGUGAAGUUUUCUUUCAGACUUUUUCGAGAGGACACUUUGUUUUAGACAUAUUUAUUUCUUAGAAUGUGUGAAGCUGGAGUGGUCAACAAGUAAAGACUUAUGUCAAUGCCACUCCAGGGGACACUUUAAACCCAUGAAAUAGUUCCGGUGUUUUGAUUGUUUGAUGAAAUGUACAACCAGAUAACAGUAUGCAGUGAAUGUUCUCAAACUGUCAUGCUGGGUUUUAUACUCUGUUAUUGUGGACAGGUUUUGUUGGACAGAUAGGAAUAGUAAAACUUGAUGGAAAAUAAUCAAACUGGUGUUUUGGGAAAUUCCAACAUAUUUGAUUCUUUACAACAUAGUGCUUUUCCACCGGAUGGUUUUAUUAUUGUUUAACUGUUUGGUUGUUUAUAGUGCCAUAAUAUUAAGUUUUAACUAAUUUUGUUAAAAUCAAUGUCAAAAUUUAAAGCUUUAUCAAAAUGUUAUUAUAUUUUAUUGGAUUCAAGAUGUCAGGUUAUAUUAACCAGACUGUUUACUUCUGUUAAUUAUUUGUUUAUAGCUCGUACAGCUGUAACUUAUUUGUAAGAAUCUCAAGAGGAACAUUCUAGUAUUGAUAUGAAAUUAGUAUUGUUCUAAAUUUCAGUUGAUCAGCUGAUCUAUCUUAUAAUUGUAUUUGCUUUGAUGUCAAGUUAUGUACAACUCAAAUUUUAAAUGUGUUCUUAGAAUGGGGACUGAGUUUCAGCUAAAAAAAAAAUAUCUUUGUUUUCAAUCUAAUGUGUAGACAUUGACUUAAAAAUCAUGAUCUGACAUGAUCUUAUUUAUUUCACUUGAUAUUGGAAGUUUACAAUUUUAGAAAAGUUAAUUUGACAUCGUGAAGAGUAAUUAUUGUCAGCCUUUGUUUAAACUUCUUUGGACAGUUUACAAUAUAUUAUUAACAUGUCUCAUCAUUGUAACACUGUUUACUUGUCAAUUGUUGCUAUGUACUAAAGAAUAAGCGAUCUACUUAAAAUGAGUUUGAAUCUAUAGCAGGAAGUACGUUUUUCUGAUUAUCACUCAAUAAGUAUACAUUAGUGACUCCCUCAAGGGGAUAUGUAUUUCAAUGCUCGAGGUGUAAGAUGACUGCGCUGACUCACCUGCAGAUGGGGACAGUAACCUACUUGUGCCACAUCAGCUGCGAACUUGAUGAACUUUACAUGAUGAUGAAGCCUUGAACCUAAAUUGAAUCGACCAACGUCUGCAUGUGGACAUACAGGGUAGUUACUCAGAAAAACAAGCUGCUGAAACUGGACAUAACACACUUGAGAGGUGUAAUCUGAUUUAAUCAUCUCAAUAUCUCUCUUUACUGAUAUCCUUUUAGAUGUAAAUAUACUACUAAAAAAACUUUAAGGACCACCAAAUUCUUUCAUUAUCUGCCAUGACAGAUUAACUAUAGUUAUGUGAAAGAAUUGGGUAGCUGUAGUAAUAUUAAAUAAUUGGGUGGUCCUUAACUUCUUUUGAGUAGUAUAUAUGUUGUACGAAUACUCAGAUGAUUUGUUUUCUGUUGUAUGGGGGUUAUGUGUGUAUGAUAGUUACUCAAAGCUGUCAUCAAUGCUGGUAUAACAGUGCCGUAGCCAGCCGGGGGGGGGGGGGGGGAUUUUUUUUUAUAGAAAACAGUUUUAUUUGAAUCAUGAAAAUACAAGUUGGGGACAAGUGAUACUUGUACAAAUAUUUCCCCCCCCCC